GUGGGUGAAUGAAUGAAUGAAUGAAUGAAUGAGAAAGGUGAAACCGCAGGGUUUGGAUACCGAAAGGCGAAGGUGCUAGUCUGGAGAUGCGCGGAGCUGAGAGGCUGACAUGGAAAUAGCGAAGUGAUCGGAGCAAGCUUGUUGACGCAUAAUCCCGCCCGCCCCGCUGGCUCUGGGAGGGGGCAAAUCUAGUCAGCCUAAACUCCAAUCCCGCACAAGAGAUUUACGGAGUGCUGCUGCAGCUGCGGGUUGUGCCACUUUCAAAAAAUGCAUUUCUUUCAUUUCAUUUCUUUUACCAGCUCUACAGGCGCUCGACGGUGAUAGGCUAAUGAGCAUAUAUCUAUUUUUUUAAUAUUUUGAGAAGAUGCAUAUGUCUCUGAAGCAGAAGACCUAAUGUACUAUCAUCAUUAAGGUCUUUAUUCCACUGUUGGAAUCGGCACUGUCACUGCGUCGCGGACGGUGGGCGGUUGGAUGCGCCCCGAGGUGUGGACAGGACCUACCCGUACAUCAUCCCCGUCAUCAUUACCGGUAUUUGAUCGUGAUUGUGUUGAAUACACCGGGGAUCUGGAGCCAUGACAGGCCCCCCGCUGGCCCCACGGCCCGCCUGCUGACUGUGUCGGGCAGGAUGGGAGCAGGUCUGCAGCUUUCAGGAUCCCGAACCAGCCGAUUUAUCAAUGGAGGAAGAGAGUGACACCCGGAAAAUCAACAACAGCUUCCUUCGCGACCACAACUAUGCCACCGAAGCUGACAUUAUCUCAACGGUUGAGUUUAACUCAUCGGGGGAGCUGUUGGCCACCGGGGAUAAAGGAGGCAGAGUGGUUGUCUUCCAAAGGGAGCAGGAGAGUAAGAGCCAGCCCCAACGUCGGGGGGAGUACAAUGUUUACAGCACAUUUCAGAGCCACGAGCCGGAGUUUGACUACCUGAAGAGUUUGGAGAUUGAGGAGAAGAUCAACAAGAUCAAAUGGCUUCCUCAGCAGAACGCCGCCUACUUCCUGCUCUCCACUAACGACAAGACGGUGAAGCUGUGGAAAAUCAGCGAGAGGGACAAGCGUCCAGAGGGCUACAACCUGAAGGAUGACGAUGGACGGAUCAGAGACCCGUCGACCAUCACCUCGCUACGGGUGCCGGUGCUGCAGCCCAUGGACUUGAUGGUUGAGGCUACAGCCAGGCGUGUAUUCAGCAAUGCCCACACCUACCACAUCAACUCCAUCUCUGUCAACUCGGACCUUCAGACGUACAUCUCCACCGACGACCUCAGGGUGAACCUGUGGAACCUGGAGAUCACCGAUCGCAGCUUCAACAUUGUGGACAUCAAGCCAGCCAACAUGGAGGAGCUGACGGAGGUGAUCACUUCAGCAGAGUUCCACCCCCAGCAGUGUCACACCUUUGCCUACAGCAGCAGCAAAGGCUCAAUACGCCUCUGUGAUAUGAGAGAGGCUGCGCUCUGCGACAAACACUGCAAAUACUUUGAGGAGCCAGAGGAUCCCUCCACUCGCUCCUUUUUCUCUGAAAUCAUCUCAUCCAUCUCUGACGUGAAGUUCAGCCACAACGGGCGCUACCUGAUGACACGGGACUACCUCACUGUCAAGGUGUGGGACCUUCAAAUGGAGAACAAACCCUUAGAGACAUACCAGGUUCAUGACUAUUUACGUGGCAAACUUUGCUCUCUGUAUGAGAAUGACUGCAUCUUUGACAAGUUUGAGUGUGUCUGGAAUGGAUCAGACAGCGUAAUAAUGACCGGCUCCUACAACAACUUUUUCCGAAUGUUCGACCGGAACACUAAACGGGACGUCACACUGGAGGCGUCCAGGGAGAACAGCAAACCCAGGGCCAUUCUUAAGCCUCGCAAGGUGUGUGUAGGUGGGAAGCGACGUAAGGAUGAGAUCAGUGUAGACAGCCUUGACUUCAGCAAGAAGAUCCUACACACUACGUGGCACCCGCAUGAGAACAUCAUCGCUGUAGCAGCCACCAACAACCUCUACAUCUUCCAAGACAAAGUCAACUAAAGCUGCAGAGCCCUCGACCCCCACACAUGUGAGGGGGGCUGCAGGGAGAGCUUGGGGUUGGAGAAAGACAGAGAUUAUCCCUUAUCCCCUUUCUUCUCCUCCUCUCCCUUGUUGCUGCUGGUCUUGAAUGUUGCCGCUCUGCUGAGGAAACACAGAGAUGAGUAUCCAGUAACUGAAUAGUGGACAGUAGGAAUUUUGGGCAGCAGGAAGUUGAUUCAACCUGGAUACAGCAUGAGGGGAAAAAAGGCUCCUCGACAUUAAGAAUGGACUUUCAUUCUUCAAUUUGACUUCUAAUUUAAUUUAUUUAGCCAUGCGGACACCUGGGGAAGUUGAAUCCUGUGCAACAAACAAGAGGAUUGCUGCAUGAAUACUACGAUGUAGCAGCCCUCUGGACCCUGAAGAAAGGGGUUGGAUGUGAACAUAAAAAAGAGCACACAGACAGAAUCCUAACGUACAUGAUGGUGGCUCAGUCAUGUAGCAACAGUGCCCCCUCUCUUUCAAUCUGCUCAUGCUACAGAGCAUGUGAUCAACCCUGCAGCCUGGAACUGAGGCAAUGUUUCAGACAGUGCAACCAGCUGCAGUAUUCCUACAAAAGAGGAAGAGACUGUUAAUGUCUGACGCCAGGAAGUGAGUUUUCUCUGCCUGAGUCUCCAUAUGGUCAGUCUUUCUUGUACCAAUUCUGUGUCUCCCUGAUGAGACUGCUGUAGUCUGUAAUGUGAAUGAAACCCUAACGGGCUAUGUCAAUGAUUUUAUUUAAUGCUGUUGUUUAAUUGAGUCUUUUGCUCGGUCAAUGAGUCUGUUUAGAAGCUGUGGUGCCUUCUUUUGGUAUGUGGGGGUUUGAUGUAGUGGCUGUGGGAGGGGGGAGGGGGUGGGGACUGAGUACAAAGGCAGGAGUGUGAAUGUUUCAAUGAAAUGUUAACUUAGGAAUGUUUUCUCUUUCUCUAAAAAGAAACAGAUAAAUAGCACCACUGAGCCGCUCAAGAGGAAAAAAGUGCUUGAAGCGACAUCAUCAUAAUUACAUUACAGCACCGGCUACAUGCUUGUGAGUUUAGGGGAGGACGCUGUGAUAUGUACAAAGUAAUUGUUGCAUUUAUCAUAUUGCAGUCAGUCUGAUGUCAUCGGUUUGCAAGAGACACGACAAAGCCACAUUCAAUUUUUUUGUGCUAAAUUACCGGUUGGAAGAAAAGCUCCACCACGUUUACCUUGUUUGGAUUGUACCAAAAAUGAUCUGUAGAUGGUAGAACCGUGAACUUUUCAUGUUGAACUAUUGAACUUGAGAUUUCUUUGCGUAACAUAAUGCUAGCAUAGGUCUUUUUUUGCAUGCAUUGGAUCUGAAUCGGAUGAACCUGACAGCCUGCAUUAUAGAUAUUUGAACAUCUACAGAUCAUUUGAGACACUAUGCAAGUAAACUAUUUUUGCAAGUUGGAUUUAGGGUUGCUGCAGGGUCUGUCCACGUUCCUCCUCUUGUUGAGGAUGGGCAAUGUGGAACAGUAGCAGGUUAUUGUGUUCAGCACUCGGCUCUGAUCAGUUUAGAAAUCCUCAUUUGUUUUAAAGAGCCAACUACCAUUAAGAAAAUCAUUCAAAGGUCUACAUGAACUCUGUGACAUCAGGGAAUUAUUAUGUGUGAUUCCUUUAAACAGUAAUGUCUUCUAAACAACCUCCUUUGUGACACUUCUAAUUGAAACUAAAAAAAAAAAAAAAAACUUUUAUAGCUCAGAAUGUAUUGAAAUGCAAUUAAUUACCAUGCAGUCUUUAUGCUUACUGGAUUUUCUUUGAAUAAAAAAAGAAUAAAGAUGUGCAAGUUGAAA